AUUCUCGCGAAUACUUCGAGGUUGCGUAUAAUAAUAAGCUUAUCAAGGCUUAUCACUUACCACUGUUUUUAAUAGCUUUUUCACAUUGUUGAAUAUAUAUAAUCUUUCACCAACAAAGCUAACGAAUGAUGCUUGGGCUUGUGCGAAAUAUUGGAGGGCUCAUGAUAAGAUUUCGCGAGUGAAGGUAUAAUACGAUAGCAAGAAAUUACUUGCAAUUACGUUCAGUAUUUCAGUGAGGAAAAUGAAGGACAUUGAAGAGACUGAGUUCACAGAAGUGAAGAUCCCCGUGCCUUGGGGUCAUGUAGCUGGGAAAUGGUAUGGUCCAGCAGAUGUCAGACCAAUUCUCAUGAUUCACGGAUGGUUGGACAACGCAGGGACUUGGGAUACCCUAAUUCCACUCCUGCCUAAAGAUGGCAUUAGCUACUUAGCCAUUGACCUGCCUGGACAUGGAUUUUCAUCUCACAUUCCUGAGGGAAUGAUCUACAGUCACUAUGACUAUGUGUGGCUCAUUCACCGAAUCAGAAAGAUUUACAACUGGCCAAAGGUCUCCCUGAUUGGGCAUUCCAUGGGUUCAUCAGUGUGCUUUCUCUACAGUGCCAUCUUCUCCCAAAAUGUGGAUAUGUUUGUCUGCCUGGAUCUAGUAAUUCCCUUUACAGAUCCUAAGCUUGUAACCCUGUUCUUGGAAUUUGGUCUCACCAGAGCCACUACUCUAAUGACCCACCAAAUGACACCGGAAUCCCAGCCAACGUACACAAAGGAGGAACUAGUGAAGAAAUUGAUUGAAAGUUCUUUCACUUCCAUCUCAGCGGAAGAUUCUAAAUUUUUGCUGAGACGAGGGAUGAAGAGGAGCAAUAGGAAGCCUGAUAAAUUUUCCUUAACCAGUGAUCCUAGACUCAAAGCUUUGCAUGUGAUAUCUCUAUCUCAGGAAAACUACCAGAAGUUAGGAAAGGAAAUUACCUGCCCAAUUAUCUUCAUCAGCGCUGAUAUAAAGCGGAAUACUCCUGAUACCAACGUCACAAAUGCUAAUGCAAAUACACUUGUAGAUUUUAUGAAGGAGAAAGUGCCACAUUUUAAACACCAUAUCGUUUCAGGGAAGCAUCAUGUGCAUUUAUCGGAUCCAGAACGUGUUUCUGGGAUCAUUUCUGACUUUAUCCUCAAACAUCGAGGACCAAAGAGUAAGAUUUAGUACUUUGUGCAUAUACAAUAAUUGGGACAGUUUUACACAUUUUACACAUGUGCUACUAAUUAUUAUUCAAAUUGGUAAUGUGAUUAACUAAAUUUAUAAAGACUUUAUAAAAGUAUACGUACAUAGAAGAGAUGAAGAAGAUAAAGGUUCUUGUUGAAGACUUGUUAAAAAAAAUAAAACUUAUUAACAAAAAAAA